UCAUCAUCGCAGCAUCCACCCGGGGUGGCGGCGUACUUGGUCAGUGGUGGCUCCAUCCCGCAAGACUGAGAAACAGAGGGAAUUUUAAGCAGCUGAGGUCGCAAGAAGAAGGCGGCAACAAAGUCAUCCGACAUGAGCUUGGGAGCAGCGUGCAUUUUCUUGCGAGGCGGGAAAAAUAUCGCAAGAGAACUGGCAGAUGAGGAGAUAGACGAGCUGCGCGACGCCUUCAAUGAGUUCGACAAGGACAAGGACGGCCUGAUCAGCUGCAAGGACCUGGGCAACCUGAUGAGGACGAUGGGCUACAUGCCCACCGAGAUGGAGCUCAUCGAGCUGAGCCAAAACAUCAACAUGAACCUUGGUGGCAGAGUGGACUUUGAGGACUUUGUAGAUCUGAUGGCACCCAAACUUCUGGCGGAAACAGCCGGCAUGAUUGGCGUGAAGGAGCUGAAAAACGCCUUCAAAGAGUUCGACGCGGACGGCGACGGCGAGAUCACCACAGAAGAGCUGCGGUCAGCCAUGAUUAAGUUAAUGGGAGAGCACAUGAGCAGGAGAGAGAUCGACGCCAUCGUCAAAGAAGCCGACGACAACGGGGACGGCACGGUCGACUUCGAAGAGUUUGUCAGGAUGAUGUCGCAUAAAUGACAACCGAGGCCGACUGACGACAACUUUGAAACCUCUGCAAAUGCGCAGCAUUUGUCCAUUCCAUUAACUGUUUAUUUUGUAGUUAUUCAAGGGGGUGAAAAGAUCAUUUUGGUUGUAUCUACAGCAAAACCUCAAAUCGAACUAAAAUUAAAUAUCUCAAACUGAGAUAGUUCUUCUUACCAGGCGGUUUUUGUGUAAGAGCAUGCCAGCCUUCCCAGUUCACAUGGAUAUUUGACUACUAAAGCCGUCAAUGGCAGUGAAAGUGUUAACUUAGUACAAACAUUUUUUUUCUUUAAAAAUCUUAAUAGGGUGUUAUUCAGAUUUUAUUACUGAGUAAAUUGAGUUGAAAAUGAUACUGUAAUUCCAUAGGUGUAGGUAGUGUAAAUACACUAGUUUUAAGACACUUAAGACAAUAUCAUCAUUACUGUAGACAAUACAGCUACUUCUUUCAUGAGUGGAUAAAAAUACAAAAAACAUCUUAUUCAAGAUACCGCAUUUCCCCCGAUAUUGGACAAAUCAGGAAGUAGUGGUAUAGUUAAGUAUUACAUUAACUAGUGAUCUGCUGAGCUGAGCCCAUUUGAACCCCGUUGCUAACCAAAACAGCAGCACCUGCAUAAACAGAUAAGACCCGCAGAUGAAUUUAAGGGGAAACUUACUCCAAAAAAUAAAAGUAAAUAAGAUCCCUGUGAGGUAUGAAUGACUUUUAAUAAUUAACAGCCACUAGUUGCAUGACACGGUAGCUGCCAAGCGUAGCAAAUAAUAUUCAGCAAAAGUAACAUUCAAAUGUACUUUUUGCACAGCAAAGCCCCACCCAUAAACAACCAACUUGCGUAACAUUCUGUUGUAUAAUAAAACACUACGAUGUUCGAUGGAUGUCCCUCAGAUGAGAUUUGAGAAAAAAAUAAAAUAAACAAUGCCGUCAAACAU